UGCUGAAAGAUUUCAUCGGUAAAAGUAAAUAAAUUAAAAUAUUGUUGUUUUGGUGGUUUAUCUUACAUACUUUGUGAAAUAAAUAAGGAUAAUUUAAUCAAAAUGAAUGUGAUACAAGCAGUUAAAAUGUACAUUACUAAAAUGACGGAAGAGAGCGGCCCUGGAAUGAAAGUGAUAUUAAUGGAUAAAGAAACUACCAGCAUAGUGAGUAUGGUGUACAGUCAAUCGGAAAUCUUACAGAAGGAAGUUUACUUAUUCGAGAGGAUAGACAGUCAUGCCAAAUGGGAUAACAUGAAACACAUGAAAUGCAUAGUUUUUAUACGUCCAACAUCAGAGAACAUAGCUCUGUUGUCACGGGAACUGAGAGAUCCUAAAUAUGGUGUUUACUUUAUAUAUUUCAGUAAUGUAGUUUCUAAGGCAGACAUCAAAACUUUGGCCGAAUGUGAUGAAGAGGAGGCUGUCAGAGAGGUCCAGGAAGUUUUUGCUGACUACCUGGCUGUGGACAGACACCUGUUCUCUUUCAAUAUUGUUGGAUGCCUCCAAGGACGGGUGUGGAACCAACAGCAUCUCCAACGAGUUUCCCAAGGUCUGUUGGCGCUCCUCCUGUCUCUGAAGCGACGAGCCUGCGUCCGCUACGAGGCAGCAUCAGAACCCUGCGCUCGUCUCGCGGAGAGGGUCCGCGAUCUGCUGAGGAGGGAGGCUGUGCUCAUAGAUAAUAGCAUCCCUUAUAACGGAGAGCUGCCCCCUACUCAGCUGCUGAUCAUCGACAGGAGAAAUGAUCCCGUCACGCCCCUAUUGAGUCAGUGGACCUACCAGGCCAUGGUGCACGAGCUGCUGACGAUAAACAACAACCGCGUGAGCCUGGCGCACGUGCCCGACGUGCCCAAGGACUUCAGGGAGGUGGUGCUCUCCUCGGAGCAGGACGACUUCUACGCGAAGAAUCUUUACUCCAACUUCGGCGAGAUCGGGCAAACCAUCAAGUCUCUGAUGGAGGAGUUUCAGACGAAAGCGAAGAGCAACCAGAAAGUGGAGAGCAUCAGCGAUAUGAAAAAUUUCGUGGAACAGUACCCACUCUUCAAGAAAAUGUCUGGCACGGUGACGAAGCACGUGACCGUGGUGGGGGAGCUCUCGGCCUGUGUCGGCCGCCACAAGCUGCUCGAGGUCUCCGAGCUGGAGCAGGAGAUCGUCUGCCAGUCAGACCACUCUAAACACCUGCAGCGGCUGAAGGCGCUGCUGGCGGACGGCGCGCUCCGGGACAGCGACGCGGCGCGGCUGGCGAGCCUGUACGCGCUGCGCUACGAGAAGCACGCGGGGCAGGGGGUGGGGGCGGCGCUGGAGCUGCUGCGGGCGCGGGGGGCGGCGGACGGGGCUCCGCUGGCCGCGCUCGAGUACGGCGGGGCGCACGCGCGACACGGCGACCUCUUCGGUCUGCAGGACGCGGUCAAGAUCACCAACAGACUCUUCAAGGGUCUGAACGGCGUCGAAAACAUAUACACGCAACACACGCCCCCCCUGAAGGACACGAUCGAGGAUCUGUUGAGGGGCAAGCUGCGGGAGGCCCAGUACCCCACGCUGGGCGGGGACGACGGCCGCCGCCCCACGCACGUCGUCGUGUUCGUGGUGGGCGGGGCCACGUACGAGGAGUCGCUGUGCGUGCACCAGAUCAACAAGGCCAACCCGGGGGCCAAGGUGGUGCUCGGCGGGACCACCAUACACAACUCGGCGUCAUUCUUCGAAGAAAUAAAGUCGGCUAUGCAGGGCGUGCACAGGACGCACACCAAACAUAUUAGGAACGUUUAGAUGCGGUUUGACUGGUUGUGGAGGAAGCGUACCUAACUUAUAACUCGGCGCCCAGCGGCUGUUAAAAUAGACAAAACCAAUCCAAACCAAACCAAUUAGCGGUAGGCAGCGGCUUGGCUCUGCUCCUGGCAUUGCUGAAGUCCAUGGGCGACGGUAACCACUUACCGUUGGGUUAGG